UGCUUUUGUGCUAAAUAGUUUGCCAAGGCGUCGCGUGCCCGCCGGAUCGCCGCGCUCCUUUGGUUGGUUUGUCAACUCAUGCGCUUCUUGCUGCUCAAACCUGCUGCUUCAUCACCUCGUUGUGAAAAGGAGCGAGCGCGAGCCGAGGCAGCGGUUUAGCGAGAUCAGACCAACCAGCAGUACAGGUGGACGCGGCUCUUGUGGCAUGACUACCACAAACAAGGGAAACAAAGCCUUGAAGGUGAAGCGGGAGCCAGGGGAAAAUGGCACCAGCCUGACAGACGACGAGCUGGUGACCAUGUCAGUGCGGGAGCUGAACCAGCAUCUACGGGGCCUGACGAAGGAGGAAAUCCUUCAGCUGAAGCAGCGGCGGCGUACCCUGAAGAACCGGGGCUACGCUGCCAGCUGCCGGGUGAAGCGUGUCACCCAGAAAGAGGAGCUGGAGAAGCAAAAGGCUCAGCUGCAGCAGGAAGUGGACAAGCUGGCCACAGAGAAUGCCAGCAUGAAGGUGGAGCUGGACGCUCUGCGUUCAAAGUAUGAGGCCCUGCAGAGCUUUGCCAGGACUGUGGCCCGCAGCCCCGUCACCUCAGCCAGGGGACCUAUGGCCUCUGUCAUAGGGCCCCUCAUCCCUGGUAAAGUAGGUGCCACCAGCGUCAUCACCAUCGUCAAAUCCAAAACGGACGCUAGGUCGUAGUAGCAGAAAGGGGCGGGAGGAAGAUUUUCAAGACUAAACUCUAGUCAGUGCAUUGUAACACGGCGCAGGAUCACCUAUGUAAGUUCUCAGUUUCAACCCUCGUCACUAACACUAACAAUAUGCUUCCCAAAUUCACUAAAUACUUCUAGUAUGCCUCAGCAGUCUGCACCUGUCAACAGACGCACCGUGCUUUAGGGCGACACAAUCAAAUUGUACGUUUGAGGAGAUCAGUCGGUUAUUGUAGAAUGGCGACAUAUUGGCAGUACUGAAGCAUUUCAUUUACAAAGCAGAUUAUUGUUACAAAUAUCCAAGAAGGCAAUAUUGGGUUGUAAAAGUACAAGUGGCAGCAAAUUCAGAUUUAAUAACUUGUUAUUUUUGAUGAGGUCCAGUAUGCGACGCGUCUGUUCUUUAAGACUGAGCUCUGAAGUUAUUUUUCCGUCCUGAGAAUUGGCCCAUGUAGAGUCUCACAACCACUGAAAUCAUAAACUGUAGACGUUACUCCUCACCCAUUCCACAACAUGAACAGAAAAAAGAGCCAGCACAUAUCUGACGGUGUAUGAACCCCUUUGCUUGUUAUUAUGCACUGACUUAAAUUGGGAUGAAUAACAAACGGUCACAAAGUCUUGGUGUGGAUGCUACAGAUGUCUUCAAAACAGCCUGACUAACCCAAAACUAGCAAAUUAGUCCAAUUUGUGAUCUUGUUGGUCGUCUGUCAAGAAUAUAAGCGUGAAAUAAUGCUCCCAAAUCUUGCAUUCAUUUCUGUUUAUGCGUCUGUGACAGGCUUUAAUGAACUUGUCAUCAUCGAUAUGACUGGUAGAUGCAAUAAUAUAUGUAUGCACUGAAAAUACAAAGAGGUCUUGCAUAUUUAUGGUUAAGUGGAAACGUUAAAAAUGAUCAGCAGUUCUUAAUGAUAUUGUUCCAGAGCUGAGUGCCAUUCCAAUAUGACAAGAUUCUUCUACAAUAUCUGAAAACCUGAAUGUUAUAACAGUAAUAUCCUCGUGUUUUGUGGGGACAGUGAAAUCCACAAACAUUUUGAAACAUCGUUUUUGCUCAUAGAGAAAAUAUGUUCAAGUUGUUUUGUUUAAAAGAUAUAUAUUGCAUUUUUUGUAAUUACUUGUCGACAGGGCCGUCAGAUAUUUCCAAAAGAAAAUCUUUACACAAGCUUUACUGUUUGAAUUGUUAAGGUGUAGAAAACUUUGUCUAAUGUUGAGUUCUUGGUUUUUAUUACUAGGUAGAUUACCUUCCAUUGUUUAUAGAAAUACAGAUAAAGAAAACAUGAAAAAAAAAAAUCCCGUGACAUCUUUUUUGCAAUUGUACCGAAAGUGGCUUACUAUUGAAGUCUGAUAGCUUUUUCUAGUGACUAGGCGCGUACUGUGGGGUAGCGCGUGAUGUGAUGUGUAAGUGACAAGUUGGCAGUGUCGUUCACUGUAUAGAUGUCAAUGCUGUGCUAUUUAAAACAAAUCUGUAGAGCUAAACUAGGUGGUGUAAACAAGGUCAAUUGUCUUUGUGCGUAUUGGCAUCUGUGAUAUCCUCCGCUUCCUUGGUGUUAGUUACGAAUCAUACUGUCAUUAAGAGUUUACCACAUUUGAGCCAUGUAAGGCAGAAUUGGGUGAAAUGGCGUUCGUGGACGUUAACUCAAAAGACUUUUUACCUGAAGCUUAAAGUGAUUCUGUCAUCGCAGAAUCUGAAUAAUGGUUGCACCUGGUGCUGGAUGCCCUCAAAAAACGUCCUCUGUAACCUCAAAGUAAACGGCUUCAUUGUUGAGAGGAAGAUUUCAUUAUCGUAUUCAUUCCAGCCACUUAAUUGGUCUGGAUGAGAUCGCAGGAAUGGAAAUUAAUAACCCUUCAAAUUUCGCUUUUGACAGACUAAAUGAAAUGUGAAGGUAGCAAUUUUAUAGUUUACCUGUGGGCUUUUUUUCUCUCUCUCUCCAAAUGUUGAGAAAGUUUACAGUUUCUCAAGACGAUAACGAAGAGAUUGCAUCAAUGAACUUAAAGGGCAACCGCCAAACGGUGCAGCAUCACUUGUGCAAAUUUAGCCACUGGUUUUCAGAUUUUCAGAUUAAAAGCGGUAGGGUUUGUAUGCACUAAGCUCCUGCUUGUUUUGCUCAGGACAAAACAGGUCACUCUAAAAAUGAACAAACCAUUCUAGACGAGAAGAAGGCAGGCAGGGAUGGCAGCUCCGUUCAUGUUUUGUUUCCUCUUCUUUCUUUUUUUUUUUCCUUUUGGUUUUAUAAUAAGCAUGUCAUAAAGGGCUUCAAUCCACACUCAGAAAGAGACACAGCACCAUCACGUAGAAUUACAAUCAGCAGCCGCUGCCAGCAGCGCUCCUUCUGUGCCAAGUGUCGCGUCGCUGUCCCGGUCCUCUAAAAGGAAUCUAACAGUGAAGGAGUUUUACACCUCAAGGUGAAAGUAGUCGUGUCGUGACAUUAACGGGAUGCACUUCGUCCAGAUCUCACUCUCCUGCUGGUCAGAAUGUCUUAUAGUGUCGGCGGUGUUAAUCUACAGCCAAAAGUCCAUGCCAGAGACCUGGGUGCUGGUUAUACAGUCUGUGCGCAAGUAUCCUAUCCUCAUUUUGUCAACAUGCUUAGCUAUCUACAUUGACUGGUUAACUGUGGGAAAAUAUAUAUCUGACUCUUGACAUAGCCCAGUAUUGAUGUUGGCGUCCUUAUUGCUGUGGCAGUCUUGUGGAGUGAAUCUUUUUUCGUGUCAAGUGUCUUUAAGGUGUUCGAGUGGCACCGUCAACCAAUCUCUCAAUCUCUCGCUCGAGACGACGAGUCUCUCUUUCUCACACAUACAGGUGUAUAAUAUGUAGCUACAGUAGGUAUUAAUGACCAUUGUGAAAAAGUGACCCUUAAUAUGCAACUCAGUGGAAAGGUGUGAAAGAGUAGAUGUAAGAGUAAUCAAUAUUGUCAAAGUGACUAUGGUCUGUUAUUUAAUGAUUCUUGCUGUUUUGUAGUUUUUUUGUAAAGCGUGUUUUUAUUUUGCCCUCAGAUUUUUGAAUCCCUCAAUGGAAGAAGCAAUUGGCCCUUGUUUAUAGUAGCUAGCAUGCUAACACUGUAAGAGUGUUUUUAAAGGAAUCAUGGGACAGUUGCACUCAAGCCUUACUCACUAAUUACUCUGGUCUUAAAUUAGCUGAAUUACCGGAUCCAUAAAUUGGACUUGGAUAUCUGACUGAAACAUAUUGCUAGAAUAUAAGUGUUUGUGCACUGAAACGGAUGCUACGAUAGAUUCAGUCACAAGGGCCAUUUGCAAUAUUUUAUUGUCUUCGGUAUGCGUGCGCGCGUGCGUGUUUGUAUGUUCGAGGUUCCUCUGCUGCUACACCAGUCAUUAAUGCUCGUUGUUUGCUGUAGCAUCAUCCACAGCGUUUCUGUUGUCAUCGUGUGUCGAGUGUGUGUUCGAAAUUGAUCUUAACACUGUAAUUUGUUCUGCAGAUUUCAUUUUGAAUUCGUUAAUGGCUUUCUGUUCCCUUGUUUGUUUUUGUGUUGUUUUUACAAGCGACAUGUUAGAGAGGAUAAAUAACAGCACUUGUUGAAUUUAAUAGCUCUCAAGACAUUGGCUUUUUUUCAUGAUAUUAUGCUUUGUAAACAGGUGACUGUGCAGGUUUUUUCCUCUUACUCCAUGGAGUGGGUCUGUGUUUCAAAGGUAUAAAAAUCUGACUAAAGCGAGUAAUACAAUGUUAAUAAUCUGUUUUGUUAUUUUUCUGUAUGGGUUGUAAUAAAAUAUUGCAGUACUUUGUAUGAAAACAGACAAUAGUUAAUUGUAACUAUUUAUAAAUUAAAUUAUUGUACUUUUUGCAAUCUGUAGAUAAGUACUAUGUAUUCAUAUAUACAGUAACAACUGUGGAUUUAAACGUGAUUCUCUGAGGUGUCUAAGUUAUUGAUGUAUAUAUUGUAUGUUUGUUGAUACAGCUUACUUUAUUUUCUAUAAGACCAAUAAAAAUGUUUUGAAAAAGCACUA